AUGCCCCUGUUUCAGCUGCCUAUCGAAUGGGGUCGCCCAGUCUCCAGCCAACUCCACUGCGAUGCGUCUAUUCUCGCGGCGGUGCACUCAUCCAAGAACCGCGAGAAUUUUCGGCGUACCAGAAGCAAGACAGCAAACCUAGCGCGGGAGCAAGCGGGCGAAUCUAGCGGCUCGACCGGUGGUAGUGGCAGCGCCGACAUGCCUGGCUCUGGCGGAGCUGAAGGGUCGGCCACUGGAGAGGGAGAAGAGACCGGUGGCGAGGAUGAGGGGCCGGAAGACGAUCCUCCUGAGGAUAGAGAUGAGCUAGACCGAAGUGAUGAACCGGCAGAGGGUGACGAAGAAGACGUCAAGACCGACCUCCGGGUGAUCUUCCUCAUCAAGACCGACCACCCUGACCAGGACUUUCUUCAAGGCAAUAGCUAUUAUUUGGCUAUCCCGUAUCGCGCAGCCCAUGAACCCAUUUGCCCCAGACCUUGGACUAGACAGCUUGAUGAGGUGUCUGACCAGAGCGUGAAGAAGAAAUUGAUAGAGGACGAGGAAGGGGUCCAGGGAGACGCCGGGCACGCAAUGCAUCAGUCACUCGCGACAGCACUCCACGUCAAAGAGCUCUCGCAGCAGGGUAAAGUCGAGUUCGAGGUCGAGAUCAGGGCCUACAAGAACGAGAUCCUGGACGAGCUGGCGCGGGAGCACAGGUCAGCCCCCGACGGGCAGCAGCAGGAGACCAUACUCGUGAUCAUGUACACGGGGACGCCCGACGUCGAGAGCACGCCGGCCCCGUGGAAGGCACUGCCCCGGGGAAAACUGCCGGGCCUGCGGCUGUACCCGUGCGAGACGGAGAUGAUGAGCGAGAACGGCAAGAUCGACGACAUGGUCGCGCUCGACGCGGUCGCCGCCGAGGGCGGCCACUGGCGGCCGCAGACCUGCUUCGGCGUCCACUAUGUCUUCAACGACGGGAUCCCGCGCUGCCCCCUCAUCGGCAGCGGCCGCACCGUCUACAAGCGCACGUGGAGCGACGCGAACCUGCACGUCGGCAUCAAGCACACGCGCGAGUCGCCCCUCACAUGCAUGCCGCUGCCGGAGGCCCGCACCCGCGCCCGCCCCCAGGUCCCCGCCCGCGCCUCCGCCUCCGCCCGCGCCCCUGCCCAGGGACGCAGAAGGCCCUCGCGGCAGGUAGCCGCAAGCUCGGGCGACGACGGCCUUGACUAUGACGGCGAUGACGACGACGACGACGAUGGCGAUGAUGGCGAUGAUGGCGGCGACGGCGCCCCCGCCAAGAAGCUCAAGUUUACGGUCGAGGACCACAUCGUGCCGCGCGGCGCCAGGCUGCAGACGCGCUGGUUCCACCAGGAGCUGGUGCCGUCGCUGCAGCACGGCGAGUUCCGCGUCUUCGUGGCCACGAAGCCCGACCCGGAUGGGCUGCGGGGCCGGCGCGGAUACGUGGUGCACUGGAUCGUGACGGCCACGCGGCGCGACAACCGCGAGUGCGGCGACAACAUGCUCGUGACGCGCCCGGACCUGGGCGGGAGCAGCAGCGACGACCCGGCCGGGCCCGGCGGCGAGCUGGCGGGCAUGGACGGCAAGGACCCGUUCGCGGCGCGCGGCACGACGCACGGGGCCGUCGUGACCUUUGCGCUCGAGGUGUUCGAGGCGCUCCGGCACAAAGGCGGCGCCGCGUUCGACUCGCUCGAGGUCGGCUGCCGCGUCGACGUGGGCGUCCGCGCGCCGCGGUCGCUGCCUGGAGGCGAGGGAGAGGGUGAGGGCGAGGACGAGGCCAAGCUGUUUGUGAACGAGAUCAACAGAUGGUAUUCCGCGACGUACUUCUCCAUCGAGUCGCUGCCGUCGCCGCACACCAAGAUCUGCGCGCACUUUGCGCUCGCCUUCGCCAACUGGAUCCGGAGCGGCGGCCACAAGCGGGACUUGGACGAGGGGCCGUCGGCCAUUGAGGGUUAG